GUUCUUUGUAUAAACAGAAAUGCUAUCAGCUGAUAACCGAAAGUUGUAUGUAUGUACCUGCGACUGGGUUAGACGACAGAAAAGAACAUAUUUAGAAGACAUAUUAUCACACGUGUCUUAAAUUUGGAUCUCGUGUACUUGACUCAAUCUGUUUACUAUUGUAUUAUAUUAUUGAAUCUUAUUUAAUCAAAGUCGAAAAAAUAGAACAAGACUGUAAAAUGGCAACAGUAGUAUUAGAUAACGAUCUCAAUUCUGAAACAAGAGAGACUGAACGUCGAUCAUUUUAUAAAAAUCGGAUUAAGAAAGAUAAUUUUAGACUGGAAUUUGACAAGGAUUCAAAUCAAGAAGAAAGACGUAAAAUAUUGUUAGAAUAUCAAAAAAGUAUGCACAGACAAGAAGCUUUUGAUGCUGCACGUGGUAUACUUCAAGAUUUAUAUUUCUCUGAAUUAGAAACUGAAGAUGUGGAAGAAUGUUCUUCACAACAUAAAUAUUCACAAAAAUAUAAAAAAAAUCGAAUGAUGUUGUCAGAAUGGAUGUUCGAUGUACCACAAGAUUUUACUGAGAACUGGAUUAUGGUUCCAUGUCCUAAAGGAAAACGAACGAGAAUAGUUUCAGGAAGGGGGACAACAAAAGCAUAUUCUAGGAAAGGUGUGCUAUGUGAUACUUUCAAUUCAGCACUUCCAGGGGGAAAUCCUGUUGCAGAUAUGCAUCAAUCUGCUGUUGUAGAUUGCAUAUGGAUAAAGGACCAACAAACCUAUUAUAUAUUGGACGUAUUGUACUGGGGUAAAUUACCAUUCACAAACUGUGAGGCCGAAUGCAGGUUAUUUUGGAUCAAUAGCAAAAUCUGUGAGACACAACAAUUUAAAGAAUGUGAUCCUGAUACAAAUAAAUAUGCUAUUUUACCUCUAUACAACACUAAGUGCACAUCAGAUUUAAGUACAGCAUUAACGAAUCUUAAAUUUGAAAUAAAUUGCAUAGAUGGGUUCUUGUUUUAUCAUUGCAAUGCACAUUACAAUUUUGGAUGUACUCCACUUGUAACAUGGUUAAAACCUUAUAUGUUACCUGAAGUGUUUGGUAUAUUUGUACCUUCACCACUUGACGAGAAACCAAAUGACUAUAUAAAUUUUGAACAUUUUAUGCAAACUGUGAAUGCAAAGAAGAAUAACAAAAAAAGAAUUGUUAACAAUUUUAUGGAGAUAGAAUAUAUUGCUUAAGAUGGAAGGACGAAAUAUGAAUAUGAAAAUAAUCUCAUCUCUUUGUUUUUAUUAAAACAUGGAUAAUGUAUAUAUAUAU